AAUUUUCUCUUUUCAUUUAAUCCCUUUUCGUACUCUUGUUUCUCUUCCAUCCAAAGCCAAGAAUUUCCACUGUAUUUUACCCACAAAAUAACUUUUCUCUGCAAAUUCAUUGCUUUAACCUUCCACAAUCUCCCUUUCUUUCUUUUUUUAUAAAAUAAUUGUCUUGACCCAAUUUUCGUAAAAGGAUUUUUAUUCUUUUUCUUCUAACCUUAAAAUCAUGAAGGUUCAUCCAGUACCAAGAAAACGCAACAUCACGUUACGAUACGACAUCGUUUCGGCUCUUUCUCAGGCUAAUGCGUUAUCCGGCCGUCAGAAGAAGCUCCGGCGACUCCCUCAUAUAUUCGCGAAAGUUCUAGAACUUCCGUUUAAUUCCGAUGCGGAUGUUUCUAUUGAAGAAACCUCUGAUUCAUUCCGUUUUGUUGUACCGACGGAUGAUGCUGGUAAUAAUAUUAGGGCUGAUACAGUUGAGAUCUAUCCGGGUGUUACUAAGAUUGUAAUUCGAGGGGAUAAUGUUUUGGAUUCGUCUUUGGGUGAGUUUGAACUUGAUUUGUGGCGAUUCCGUCUUCCGCCGUCAACUCUGCCGGAGUUGGCUACCGCUGAUUUUGCUGACGGCGAAUUGGUGGUCACAGUUCCGAAAGACCCAGAUGAGGAGGUGGUCGAUGAUGGUGGUAUUGGUGAGGCUGGACGCCUUAUUCUUGUACAAUAAACUUCUCUGUAGCUUCAGUUCUUUUUUUUUCAGUUUAUGUCCCAAUUGUGGCUCGUCUUGCUAAAGGGAUAUAUCUUAACUAUCUAUGCUCAAUUAAAUAAAAUAGUACUCUUUGGAUUUGGAUUUG